AUGUUCAACUGGCAGAACAUCGUGCUGCUCGUCCUCUCCUACGUUGUCAUCCCGCGCCUCACCUUCCUCCCCUCGUCCCUCCACACGCUCCUCAUCGUCUUCGGGCCCUUCCUCCUCCCGCGCGUCAUAAAUCUCUUCAACACGUCCCGCGCCGCCUCCCGCAGCGUCCCCGUCCGCGAUGUGCCGACCAACGUCCAGCGCGUGCUGAACCUGCUAUUCGUCAGCGCCCUCGCUUCCUUCGCGCUGUGUCUGCCGUAUUUCGCGGACGAGAACAUCUUCCAGAAGACGCAGAGCCGAUGGCAGAUCGAGCCCAACGUCCUCUUCACGCGGCUGCGGCUGCUGCGGGAGCUGACGCCCACGGAUGAGGUGCUGCGCGAGAAGUUCACCGUCAACAGCGCAAACAAGAUGCUCUACUUUGCCUUUGGCCCGGACACGCUGCUCAACUGCGUGUGGUGCAACGCCGCCGACGGCUCCAGCAGCACACGCAACUACUUCCUCUACGCGCUGCCGAAGCUGCUCACGCCGCACAUUGCGCACCUCGCCGUCCUCGGCCUCGCGACAUCCAGCAUGGUCGGGCCUGAGGGCACCCGCUUCCGCACACACGCCACAAUCGCCGGGCUCGCGCUGCUCUUCACGGAAACGUGGUAUCUCGGCACCUACGAUCCCUCCGCGAACAAGCGCGCCAAGGUGCUCGAGGACAUCGAACCCGCGCACUGGCGCAUCCGCCUGUUCCGCUACCUCGCAUUUGCGCUCGCCGACCUCGCCCUCGCAGGCACGCUCUGGGCCACCUCCACAAACCGCUGGCUCGCGCGCCCCGAGCCCAUCGCCAACCGCCUCGAGGCCACGACCAAAACCGCCGAGGAGACACUCCACAAGCUGCGCGCGCUCGGCCUGCUCGAGAACAGCAUCAACCGCGAUCCGGGGCUCCGCCAGGUCCGCGAGGAGUACUGGCGCACCGAAGGGCAGGUUAUGUCCGAGGCAGUGGCGGAGCCCGAGGUCACGGAGAAGAUCAAUGCAGCGAUUGGGAGGAUGGACUUUGGCGCGCUCGAGGGCAAGGUGGGCGAGGUUGCGGAUGGGAUCCUGUCGGCGAUCGAUGGGUUGAGAGGCUCGCAGGUGCUAAGUGCAAGUGAGACUUCAGCGCCAUGA